AGUUCAAAGUUCAAUCAUUACAGUAAAAAUAGGGUUUUCGCUAGUUACUGCUUGUGUGCUAACGGGGGAAAACAAGAAACUCGCCUUGCAGAGAGAGCUGUUAUUCGGCUGCCACCGCAGCGAAAACCGACCGAGGAACCCCGAAAUGGCCCGCAGCUAAUCGGUGCCCGCUCUCGCUCUGGUGUCGGUGGAUUUACAGACGACGGCUAGCUGAGUGCUAACCUUAGCACGUAAGCUUGCCAAAUAGACACAUAGCAACUGCUGCUAGCUAUCGUCACUGGACUGGUACUGUUUAGUCUGCAGCUAUGUUCGUGCAGGAGGAGAAAAUAUUUGCCGGGAAAGUGCUGAAAAUCCACAUCAGCACCAUGGACGGCACGGAGUGGUUGGAGGAGGUCACGGAAGACACGACUGUUGAGAAACUAAAGGAGAAGUGCUUGAAACAUUGUGUACAUGUAAGUCUAGAGGAUCCCAAAACUCUUACACACCAUAAACUUAUUCAUGCUGCUACAGAAAGAGUCCUCACCGACACGAAAACUGUUGCUGAUGAAAAUCUCAAAGAUAAAGAUGUUUUGCUGCUCAUAAAGAAAAGACCGCCGCCAACCGCUCCAAAGAUGGCUGACGUUGGUUCAGAAGAAAAGAAGAAACAAGAAAACAAAGCUCCAGACAAAGAUGCUAUUCUGAAGGCUACCGCCAACCUGUCCACACGGCACGCUGACCGCACUGUUACGCAGCACAACAUCAGAGAUUUUCAAACAGAGCUUAGGAAAAUCCUGGUGUCUCUCAUUGAAGUCGCCCAGAAGCUUCUUGCCUUGAACCCUGAUGCUGUUGAACUGUUCAAAAAGGCAAAUGCGAUGCUGGAUGAAGACGAAGAGGAUCGAGUAGAUGAAACAGCCCUCCAGCAGCUCACUGAGAUGGGUUUUCCUGAGAGCAGAGCAAUCAAAGCUCUCAGAUUGAACCACAUGUCAGUGACCCAGGCUAUGGAGUGGCUGAUCGAGCAUGUAGAUGACCCCUCUGUGGACACACCACUACCAGGCCAGGACUCUUCUGGGGCAGCAGGAGCUACAGCAGCCGCCACCCCGGGCCCCUCCCCUUCAGCCUCUGCUUCAGCCUCCGGUCCUAACCCUCACCGCAGCCUCUCCAGCCAGUCGAGCACAGACGAGAGCAGCAAGCAGGAUGAACUCACAGAGAUCUUCAAGAGGAUCCGCAGGAAAAGGGAGUUCAGGCCAGAUUCAAGGGCAGUCAUUGCAUUGAUGGAGAUGGGCUUUGAUGAGAAGGAGGUAGUCGAUGCUCUGAGAGUGAAUAACAACCAACAGGAUGCAGCGUGUGAGUGGUUGCUGGGAGACAGGAAACCUUCUCCAGAAGAUCUGGACAAAGGCAUCGACACCAACAGCCCGCUGUUCCAAGCCAUCCUGGAAAAUCCAGUGGUCCAGUUGGGUCUAACCAAUCCUAAAACUCUGCUAGCAUUUGAAGACAUGCUGGAGAAUCCGCUGAACAGUACCCAGUGGAUGAACGACCCAGAGACCGGCCCUGUCAUGCUCCAAAUAUCCAGAAUCUUCCAGACCCUCAAUCGCACGUAGAGCUUCCUGGUGACCCCCUGUGUGACUGUGGCAGCUUUGUGUGUGUGUGUGUGUGUUUGAUUAUGUUGAGAUGUGUGUGUCUGUGUGAGUGAGUGUGGGAGAGACACGAGUAUUGUUGUUUUUGUUUGGGUUUUUUUGCCUUGUAAAGACAAAGCUAGAGGAGUCAAAGUAUGAAUGAAGAUGUUACACAUAGAACUAUUUAUAACAAUACAGUAAAAACACUUAUACAAAACAGAUGCUAACAAAGUUAUUAUUACAGUAAUAAUAAUAUAAAUUGAGAUUUAGUAUGUUGUUUUUACAUUUUAAUGAUAACAAUUUAUAGGUAUGACAGACAUGAUUUAUUUUAUAUAAUUUGUCCACAUGUAAAAAAUGACAUCAGACAUCAAUUUAAUGUUUACACUUCAAAGAAAACAGUUUUUGUAUGUUUUGCAAUAUUUAAAAAUGAACUGCAUUUUUUGCUGUCUCUUUAAAUUGUUCCAUCAGUGGUGAAUGUGUGGAAGGCUUCUGUCACAUGUUCUUCUCUCUUAAUCCAAAUUAACUGCUUAUAAUUGAGCGGGAAAAGUUGAGCUUGUUGAAAACAGGCUCGUCAGAUGCGUCACCUCUCUCCAUUCAUGCCUGUGAGGUCACUGUAAGUCCACCUCCUCUAUUUAAAGAGGAUUUUUUUUUUUUUUAAACAUUCAUCUUUCAGCUUCUUCAAACAUAUUUAUUUGACUUUAUUGCCUUCUAGAGGAAAACUGUACACUAAUCUGUGUCUCAGUCAUGUUUUACAAGAUUUUAUAUUAGGCCUGUGUGUUUACUGUCGAUGUGCUCUUGAAUGUCAUGUUAUCAUGUUGCCCUCAUCUAGCACUUCUUCACCUCUAUGACUAUCGUGUACUGCGGCACUAGUACAAGGAAAAAGAAGGGUUUUAUGUCUUGUCUCAAAAGGAUGUAGUAGUAGUAGUAGUAGUAGUAGUAGUAGUAGUGAAGAAGUGAAGCUCAUCAAAAGAUGGUUGCCUUUUUAAACUUAAAUUUGAAUGAUGGAGAUGCAUGCUCACUUCAUGCUUGAGUGGUGCGGGUGUCUUCAUACAUAUGUGGAAAUAAUAGAAGUUGAGAUGCAACCAGUUUAGAUGUUUUGGUUUGCUUGUUUUUUUUUUUUUGUGUUUUUUUUCUUUUGAGAACAACAAACAUUUAUGCUGUCAAACCAAAAUGUCACUGUAUAACCUGCCUUGUCAUUAGAUGUAUCCAGUGGAAAAAAAAAAAAUACCCCAUAUUUCUGUGCAAUAGCAAGGACUUCUGUUGACCUGUAUAGACAUAUAUUUGAGUGUUAGAGAUGUGUGAACUGCAAUGGGUAGUGUGUUAAUAAUAGCCUUUGCAUUGAGUACAAAGUCUCCAGCUACAACAAGGAGAGCGUUGCCUCUCCUUGUUGUGCAAGAGGUUUAAAAACAAUAGGGGAGGGUGGUGUGUUUUGCCAAGUUUUUGAGUGUUUUAUUCAAUAUUUAAAAUGUGGUAUUGAUGUGACUUUUUGCUCAGGGAGGCUGAGAUUGUUUUCCUAAUCCUGUCAUUAUGGCAAACCUCCGCUCAACCCCUUCUAGUUUGGUAUUUGAGAAAUGGCUUUAACGAAUCUGUCUAGAACUUUGCCUCUGAAUAGAGCACCUCAUCACAUGGUUUCGUAAAUGCAAUAUUUGAAAAUAUUUAAAUGUUUUUAGAGAAAAUUGUCUGGUUGAGCUAUGUAUUACAUUAUUUAUAUCAAAGCCAAACUAGUAAUGCGUUCAUAUUUAUAACAUUUUUAGCAAGCCUUGAAGCUAAUCUGCAAAUGUGAAGAAGAAAAAAACUACAGUGCUUCAAAUGUUGUUUUUACAAACCAUCAUUAAAAUGUGCUUAUGGACUGGUAGGUGACAGUGUGAUACAAAGUGAUGCAGCAUGUUUGAAUCUCUGGAAGCCUCUCUGCACACUUUCUGCACCAGAGUGACCAGUUGUCUCACCACCUCCAUGCUUUGCAUUGGCAUGCAUACAAAUCCAUCUUUCCCUCUUAAUAUUCCCAAACAAACAUUGGGAGAUUGUACGCUCGUGAAAGAAACGGCCGCAGGAAACGCUGACGUCUUUGAAAACGUUCAGCAGGAACCAGAGCUAACAAAGUGAAUGUUAUUGCUGAGGGACGGUGAAGAGAGAGUCGUUGGAGUCGGAUUAUUGUUUCACCCAGCCUUCAUGUCGGACUGUCCCAGAUCAACAACCUAUGCAAUAUGCUCACAGUCUGUUCGUUCAAGCAGCCUGACGGCUACUGGCAUCAAAAUCACUAUUGCAUUAAAAUUAUUUUUUGUGGUUGUAUUCUGUGUUUUUGUUUUAUAGCAAUGCCAUUUUGGAAAUCAGUAUGGAAUACAGGCCAGCUUUAAAUGGAUGGAGUUAGUCUACCAGUAUACAUUAAAAUUAGUUACAUUUACUAUUUGAAGAAAAUAUCACUAAAUUUUAGUUUAUCUGAUAUUUGAUUUACUUUUAUCUCCGCCUGUUUUUUCCCCAUGUGUUUACGACAUGUACAGUGUGUGUGAAGUUCAUUUAAACUGAACUGAAGUCCUAUAUGCAAUUAAAUAAUUACGUAUAGGAGUUCUUUUUAGAAAACAAAUCUCUAGGGAUGUUUAGGCCCAUUGGCUUAUAGUAAAGUAGGUCUAUAGACUCUGAGCUGGAGUUAAGUGUUGUUUUUGGGCUUUGGCAGCCAUAGUUCAUAAAAACUUAAUUUUACACCUUCACAUCAAAAAGCAAGCAUCUACAGCUUCAUUAAAGUGGGUGGAGCCUAACCCAGCUGUUACAGGGUGAAAGGCAUAGACAGCCACCAGAUGGCGAUAGCUGUGGUUGCAAAAAGACUGAAGUCUUGGAUAAGAGCUUCAUCUUGGGUAUGUUCAUUGGCUAAUGACUUGUGAUUGAAGUUGUUAGCCAAUGAGCAAGUGGUUUCGCACUUCGCACCCCUCCUUGUCACAUUCAGUUUUUUGAAACAAAGAUGGUGGUGGUGGAAAUGUUAAUCUCAAGGCUUCAAAACAAGACUUAAUCCAGUGGGUGACAUCGUGGUAGCUACAGCCGUCUUUAGUGCAAUGUAUGAUGAAAGCCAGGGUGGACAGGCGGCCGCUCUGUUACAGGGUCAACACAGCCAAAAAGUCACAGAAUAAAAUCCCCUUCAAAAUAUUCUGUUUUUCCUUUUUUCACAGAACAGCUCAUAUUUUCAUGUGAAGUAUUGACUCUUUUUUUUCACUCAGCUGCACCAUAGUGGUGCAGGCACCGCUAUGCAAACAUCAAACAUCAUCAGAAAUGUGAAAAAUGUAUUUUAUUCAUUUAAAUUCAAUUUAAAAAUACACAAAAUUGUAAAUGGGUUAAAAUGUACAACACAGUAAACUUAA